AUGGAUCCAGUAAAAGCCAAAGCUAAUUAUUUUAGAGUAUGUGCACUAUUGGUAAACUUAGGAGGCGUUGCCUUAAGAUCUGCUUUGCAUACGGUACAUCCGCCUUCCACUUUAGCUGCCGUGUUAAAUGCCAAUAAAUUUGCCUUGAAGAAGAUAAGGUACAGUAUAAUUAAUGCCUCGCAAUGGAACUUAUUCUUUCCAGUUUCGGGUACACCAGAUUCGAAAAAUUUUGAUAUAACUUUAUUAACUAUCCUACUGCGAAAUAUUUGUGGAUUGGCAUCACCAGAUGCAGGAUGGAAGAUUAUGCCACCAGCCAGCGAUACAUCUAUAUCUGCCAAUAUUAUGAGGAUUAAAAUUUUCAGAAAUGAGGUUUAUGGUCAUAUUGCAAAUGCUCAAUUUGAUGACACCACAUUUGAAACUUUGUGGCAAGAAAUUACAAAGCCUUUGCUUAAGUUAGGAAUUCCUCAACAAUAUAUUGAUGAAUUAAAGACAGUGCGUGUCAGUUUUGAAGAAGAGUGUUAUAUUGAAACAAUAAAGGAAUGGACAGAACUAGAGGAUAAACUUUUUUCAGUGAAUCUUAAAAGUAAGGAUUCCGUCUUACCAAAGACCUUUGAAAAUGGGAAUCCCUCGCAUGUACAAGUUAACCAACUUACGAAGUUUGAUUUUACUCGAAAAAUUGAUGACCUUGGUAAAAGGUUUCAUGGUUGUACUAGACAUUGGUGUUUUGAACAGGUUUCAAGUUGGUUUAGUAAAGAAAAGUCCACAGUUAUGAUCAUGACUGCAGAUUCUGGUGAUGGAAUGAGUGUUUUGUCUGCAAAGGUUUGCAAGCUAUAUGAUCAAUGUUGCAAACUCGCAGCAUACCAUUUCUACGACUUUAGAAACGAAGAUUACAACAAUCCCAAGAGAAUUCUCCAGUCUCUUGCCAGUCAAAUGUGCGACAAUGUUGAUGGAUUUCGUGACAAACUGACUGAAGUACUUCGUCGUGAACAUUAUCAAGAUUCACUAUCAGACGCAUUUCGUGUUCUUCUAAACGUUCCACUACAUGCCCUCGACAGACAUGAGCCAAUGCUGAUUGUUGUGGACGCUAUGGAAGAGAACAAAACUGAUGUCAAAAACGAAUUUUUGGAAAUGAUAUUUGAGGAAUUUCUCGAAUUGCCAAAAUGGGUUAAGGUACUCGUUUGGAGUAAAGCGGGGUUUAAUGCACGGAAGAAACUUCUACAUCUACCAGCAGAGCUUUUGCCUCGAAUUUGUUUGUUGAACGCAGGUAAUGUGAGAAUGCUUAAAGUGUUGAAUUGCAAAUGCUUGUUUCUGCUCGCUUUUCCUCGCAGUUAAUUAAGGUCUCUUUCCAUUACAUCCACUUUCCCAAACAGGCCAAAUGGACACUAUACGCAUGCGCUGCAAAGUUAUGAUGUGCCAGGGCGUUGUGAAAACCCGGAAUGCUGGAAUAUCACGGAAUAUGGCGGAAUAUUACGGAAAAUGGCGAAAUAUCAGGGAAUAUCACGACAUUUUCCCGGAAUACACCGGAACAUCACAAUAUUUUCCGAUGGUAGCCAUGCGACUGUUUAUAAACAUGGACGUCUGACAACAUAUUUUAUUACAAAAGUGAUGGAUGUAUCCCAUUUUGGCGGUAAAUAUCAAACAACAACUCUAUUACGAACGCCUUCAGAACUGUGUUAUACACAAAAUUUAGUUAAAAUUGACAAUUUUAUACCGCCAAGGAUUUAUCCAAAAUUCAAAUGCUAAAAUGAAGACAAGUUUGAGCCAAGAUGUUUAAAUUAAUUCUUGUUUAUAUCAGGUAAAAAGUCCUGUCUUAACCUUAACCAUUAAUUUUUACUAAAUUUUGUGUAUAACACAGUUCUGAAGGCGUUCGAAAAUAAUGCUGACGUCAGCACUUCUAUUUUUCAAGACGCUGUAACUCAGAAGGAAUUAAUCAUAUUGAUUCAAAAUCAUAAUAAUAAAUGAUAUAAACAACAUAUAAAACUUCCAGUAUAGAGUUAUUGUUUGUUUCUUACGUAUACCGUCAAAAUGGGAAAGAUCCAUCACUUUUGUAAUAAAAUAUGUUGUCAGACGUCCAUGUUUAUAAACAGUCGCAUGGCUACCAUCGGAAAACAUUGUGAUGUUCCGGUAUAUUCCGGGAAAAUGUCGUGAUAUUCCGUAAUUUUCCGGCAUAUUCCGUGAUAUUCCGGCAUAUUCUGUGAUAUUCCGGCAUAUUCCGUGAUAUUCCGGCAUUCCGGGUUUUCACAACGCCCUGAUGUGCCACGAGCAACUCACUUGCAACGCCUGUGAACGCUUUGAAACUGUUGAAAAAAUUCAACCAAGACGCUUAUAUAAUGGGCGGUGCAACGCGCUGAUGUCGUGCCAAUCGAUAAACACGUACGUGCUUUUCGGACACUGUUGUAUUUUCAAUUUUUUUCCCGUUAAUCCCGAAAUUCUCUCGACGAAAUAGUAACUAGUGUAUGGUAUGAAUGCUUAAUUGUUUGGCCUAUAUAUAUAGUUGAACUUUUUAUUUAAAAAAGUAUUGAGGAUAAUGGCUCGGGCUUUUGAUGACUUCAAUUAAGGGAAAUUUUCAAAACAGCAUUUGGGCAUUUUAUCAAGUCGUCCAAACUAAAAGUCUUGUUGAUCAACCUCGGUUGAUCGUUUGAAUACAUGCAUGGCGUUGGAAAGCGAAAUGUUUGUUGUGGGUUAAAUUUUAAAUUAAAUUAAGUUAACGAGCGUGCGUUUUUUAUAAUUUGUGCUAGUACAACUUUUGUGUAGCGAUGAUGCGUUUCUUGUGUUAUAAUUAUGGAUUUCCAUUUUAGCAACUAUUUAAUCCAAAGUUGGCGUAAAACGACGAGUUUGAAGAGUUUAGUAUCGAGAUUAUUAAGGAUAGUAUUGUCGAAACCGCACCAAAAACGAAAACGAAACAAAUGGCGAGGGUAUUUCGUGUUUUAAAACAUAAGACUGUGUUUGUCUUUGUGCAAAAUCUAACCCAUUGUAAGCGGUUAAGGUUACAGUACACCCUUUUUGGCGUUUUGUGGAAAAUCGCUACUGCAUGCGCGCUCAAAAUCAGUCCGAUUUUCAUCAAAUUUUCACCAAAUGUUAGCCAGUGCAUGCAAAAUGUGAUAAAGUUGUAAAAUUGACAAACAAUAAAAUAGUGUAAGAAUUAUUCAGGAAAAUCUUAAGUCGCGGUACCUUUACGCUUUUGAGUUAUGUUUCUGUUGGUUUUAAGAUAUGUUUAUGAAAAUAUCAUUUUUAUACAGUAAAAUAGUUGUUCUAAAAAAUUGUGUUCGGAAUUUUUUUUUAUUUCGUCAUUCCGCUGAUAUGCAUGGUGAUUUCUUUGACAACUGCAAUAUAUUUCUGAAUCGUUUGUGUGAAUUGCUUCUUAUUUAUUUAUUAAAAUAUCCAAAAUUAGAACAAAGCCGAAAACAUAUUUGAAACUGGCAUCUUUAGAUAUGUCCUGUGAAAAUUUGAGAAAAAUUCGUUAAAACCCGCAGGAGCACAACUCGUUUAAAAAUCAGUAAUUGCCGUAAAAUUCUUCGGGAGAAAAUUGAAUUUGAAUAUUACAUUUUCCAUGUUUUUCUUAUUCAGACUUGGUCAGAUAGUAGAACUAGUCUAAUGCUUUCAUGGAAACCAAUAACAUAAUUUAGGCAAAAUCAACACUCAAAGGUGUUCUGUAACCUUAAGGACUGGCGAAGUCGAGAAAACAACAUACGGCGCUAAUUUAUUCAUGGGAUGUUCUUUCAAGAUAGAUUCUUUUAAAACCGUAAUUGUAAAUAAAAUAUCGCUGUUUUCUUGUCAUAGUUUCAUAUUUUUUGCAUUCAAUUUUUUUUCGCAAAUCGUUAGCGUUUAUUUCAGCAUUUACUCAAAUUGAAUAUUAAAACUUUCAAGCACUCUUAUCGGGUUUUACACAAGAACUGGUUACGAACAAAGAACUCGACAUUUAAUACUGCACUCGACUUCGCCUCGUGUGGUAUUAAAUAUCGUGUACUCCUGCAUGUAAAUCCUUAAUUAUUAUAUUGCAAAGCGGUGCAUCUCGAAAAUACAGCUUUUUUAUUGGUUCCUGAACGGUCGGUAACCUCCACUACGGAGAGCUCAUUGAUCUUAUUAUAUAUGACCGCUAAGAUGGACCGCUUGCCAAGGAAAUAAAGAACUACUCUUUUCGCAGCAAAUGCAGUUCGACUUUUAUACAACCUCAAAGCUAAUUUCCGUCUACUCUGACAAGCGUGGGUGCACCAAUUAAUGCUUAGAUAAGCCCAGCAGCUCUAUUGGUCUCGUAGUAAAUAAAUUUGUUGAGCUUUGUAUAUUGAAUGUAAUUCCAAUUUCUGUUUUCAAUCUAAAUGCAACGAAGAACUUUCUGAUAUUCAAACCAUCAGAUAAAGAAACACCAACAGUGGUUGACCAAAUAUCGAGUUCAGAAUUACUGAAUUGUAUUUCAGAGAUAAAAAUUGUUUUUGAAAUAACUUUACAUUCAAUAGGUUUGUUUGAGAACUAUCUCAAGAGUCCAGGCGAGGAAGCUGCUAAGCCGUUGACACAGUUAUUUGAUGGUGUGCAACGUGCCUAUCACGAACGUUUUACAACGGGCACAACUGAAAAUUUCUUAGACUUUAUACUUACAUUUUUAGUUAAUAAAUGUUCCCAGGAUGCCGAUGACGAAGAUAAGAGGUCCCAUCAUUUUGACCAGGAAAGUUCCAGGGCUGGAAACAGAAAUUCGGACAACGAUUUUGCAUUGGAUUCCCAGCCAAACAGCAUUUCGGAAGAAGCUUUCCAAUUAGAUUUAGAACACAAAAAAGCUACUGCUCUAUUGCCAAAUUUUGAAAUUAACGUAAAAAAUCUUGAAACCAAGAAUGCUAAGGCAAACGAAAAAUGCCGUAGAUUGGUAAAUGUUUUAUCUCAAACCUCAGUGAAUCCUACCGGGAAAAUUGAGGAUAGUUUCGUACAACAUCCUCUGAAACAAAAGGCAAAGCUUAAACGAGAUCUCGGAAACAAUUCGACUACACAAAUGCAAGAUUGGGUAAGUUCGAAUGAAGAUAUUUCGAUUGGUGAAGUGCUCAACAAAGAUAAAAGUAAAAAGAAGCCCGAACGCAAAUUGUCCAAAGAUUCAAGUAUGAUAGAUUUUCCACAACUGAAUCAAGCAAAGCAAGGCAAAGGAAUUGACGGGUAUGUUAAGUAUUCCGGUGCCGAAACAAGGAUGAAGUCUGAAGAGAUGUUGAAAAGUUUUGAAAAUGAAGACAGCGCGCUGAAGUCAAGAAGUUCCAUUCUCUUUUCCGAGUCACCAGCUUCGAUGCUAUCUCUGAGAGUGAAAGAAUUGGAAGAAGAAAACGCUUUUCUUAGAAAUGACAUGAGAUCAUUACAAGCUAAAUACGAAGAUACUUUGGCUGAGCUUGGGCGAAUGGCUGUUCAGAAAACUGCGAAGGAAAACGAAGAAAGAAAAUCUGAACUCUUUCAGCAAAUAUUUCGUUCCUCAUUAUCCAAGGCUACUGUCUUGCUCACCAGCAAAGACAGUGCAAUUAAUUAUAUGAAUCGCCCUCCAAAUAGGUUCCUAAAACUUCAAACCACAAACGAAAGGGCAGAUGCACAAGCAGUUAUCUAUCCAGCCACUUCUGUUGAACAGCAUGCCGAGGGGCCAGGGGCAUUGGUGCAAAGAAGUAAUCGUCAACCUGGAAAAGAAGAGACGGUUACAAGUGAAGAAAUUCCAAGAGGAGAUCAACGGGACACUGAGGUAUCAACCUUCAGGAAUAGCAGCGAAAAUCGAGCUCCACCAACGCAAAACUCGGCGAGUAAUAAUACAUCAAGGGAGAAGACAAAUGGUGUGGAGGGAACAAAUCAAUCUGAAAAAGUCCAGGGAGCCAGCGGUUUAGCAUUGUCAUCCCGCCAAAGCUAUGAAAAUUUAUCACUCUCUGUCCAACAAGAUUCUGCAACGGAGUACAUAUCUCUUGGUAAUGUACCACCUACAUCUGUUGCAACAACCUUGUACAACAACUACAAGCUCCUGUUACUAUCCCUGGCUAAACGUCUUCUCUCCGGCGACGUCGUAAAACUGAAGAACUGGGGAAAUCAGAAUUUCUCAAUCAACGACCCACAGAAUGCUACCGAUGUCCUCUUUCAACUUGAUCAAAAAGGAAUAAUCAAUGCUUCAGAUUUAAGUCAACUUUGUCAUUUCUUUGAAUCUAUUGUCAGAUUUGAUCUUGUGUAUAUUAUCGACGCAUUUCUCUUUGGUGAUUACAGUUUACUUCGCCAAAAUCUAGGACCUAAACAACAAGCAGCAAAUACAGCCCAAACCUCCCAGUCUCGCUCCACUGCAAUGUAUCACAGUUUGUUCAAUGGAACAAACACUGGUCGUCAAUCUUUGGUCAAUCCAACUGCUAGCCGUAUAUUACAAACCAGCCCAGGAAGAAAUGCAACAAAUUUAAGAAAACCAGCAAUCGGCAAAUCACCACAAAGAUCUCACCAUCAACAAACACAACUGGCAGCUUUCCGAAAUUUGUCGGACACAACCAAUCCAGUACGCUUACCUAGGUCCCCAAAUGAAAACCAGUCCACGGCCUCUGAGCAGCAAAACGUUAAAACUGCUGGAACUGGAUUUACUCCGACUAGAGUAGCUGAUGCAGUCGUUGCUGAUGACCCUAGUGUUACAAGUAAGUGCUUUUUGAUAUUUUUGACAGAUGGAAUUUUAAAAAUUCAGCUCAUGUCACUUAAAGUCAGCGAAUAUAUAACAAUCAUAUUGACUGAUGAUUUAAUCAAGCUUCUUCUUUAAUAGAGAUCCAAAAUUAUAACCUGGAGAUUUCUAGUUCUAAGCGUAUAUAAAGCACAAUGGGACUUAUUUCAUGUACUGUGAAUCGACCAAUCUUGACGUGUGAAUCGACCAAUCUUGACAUGCAACAAAACCUCAUUUUUCCAUUUAUACUGGGUCCUUAUACAAUCCCAUUGUACAGUAUCUUUUGUUCUUAGAUAUUCAAAUUCUGAUGUUACUCAAGUAUUAAUAACUUUCAUAGAAUAACCUUUGAGUAAAUUGCACAUGUACACUGUAAAAAGACGCAGUGUUCUAAAGAAAAGCACACUUGUGGAAUGUAGUUUGGCUAGAGAGUCAUGGUUUCAUUUACGAUGAAUUAAAGUCCAAUAUCUCAAUCACUCUAUUGUCUCGAUUAAAAUGUAAACAAUUUACAUUAAGUUAGUUAAUGUUUUGGCCUGCAGUGACACUGGCUGCAUAAAGACAAGUCCUUAUACCAAUCCUUUUCGUUGUAAUUUUACUUUUAAUCUGAUGAUGUCUUGAGUUAAAGCGAAACGUCACUGUCAAAAAAAAACUUGGAGAGAAAUGAACAAUAACAGUGAAAUGACACUUUGAAAGAAUGUAUUUGUAUCGUUCGAAAAACAGGCGAAAGAAGAACAAUGGCAGGAAAUUCUUUGACAAGAAGAAAUCCAUCAGUGACAAACAACCCACAUAACGCCCAGGCAGUCGGAAGCAAUGGUUCAAAACAUUCCAAAUUCCAGCGUCCAGAAACAGAAGGAAGCAACAUUUCAAAUUCCCAGUCCCUCAGCGGUUCGCGAAACCAUUACCUAGACCGAGAAGAUAAUUGGUUAUGCAGUCAUUACAAACGGCAUUGUUACGUCAAAUUUGAAUGUUGCAACAACUUUUGGCCGUGUCAUCGUUGUCAUAACAAUCAAAGCUCGUGUGGACGAAAGAAACUUAAAUCCCGUGACACGAAGAUGCUGAAGUGUGUAUAUUGUAACAAAGUGCAACAGGUACGUAAUUCAAAAUCCAUGCUGUGAAAAUAAUUACUAAGCCGCGUGCGUAUUAGAUCCUGACUUGAUUCUGGUGUUUAAGUUUGCUAUGAGUGUCUUUUCGUUAUAGUUCUAUCGUAGUUUGAAGUUUACUCAAUCAUUUGCGCGAAACGCCGCGAAUAGGUCAAUCACAUUUGUUAUAGGUGAAACAACAUAGACAAUUACGUACUCUCUAUGUUAAUUUGUUUCUGUUGUUUAGUUUGGUCAUUCUUGCUGCGAUUGUGGUGCAAAAUUUUCCGACUAUUACUGUGGAUUGUGCAAACAUUUGACUGGCAAAGAUGAUCAUCCCUAUCAUUGUGAAAAUUGUGGAAUCUGCAGGUAUGAUUUGGUUAACGUAUAUAACACGGCCUUCUCAGGCUAUAAAUAAAUCCAUUUAUGAAAGAUUUAUUAUAAUAAUUAGUAUUACAUCCGCUUUCCACCUCUGAGAAAAAAAUUAUUAAACGAUGCGGCAUUCAGUUGUUGCAUCAUAACUUCGCCCGAAGAAACAAAAACAUCUGUUAAAGUACUGAAAAAACCUUAAACACUGAUAUGUCAUUGAAUUUAAAGUAUAUUGAAAGUUGAAGUGUUUUGGUAUGGUAUAAAACAUGGUCAUGUAGGCUACAUUCAAAAUAUUUCCAGUAAAAUGAGUAUGAGAAAUUAACGUGAACUAGAUAAGUGAUAGUAUGCAUUAGUGAAGCUGCCCCCUUGCUCCUUGUUGACACUGCUUACCCGAAAAUCGAGCUGGUGAUAUCAUUUGCCUGCAUUUGAGAGAGUGCUUUACGUUUUUUGUUUCCUGUUCUCUUGGGAUAUGACAACAAAACAAGCUUAUUCGUUUGUGGAAGACGAUAGACUACAGUUUAUAUUAGGAGACUUUAUCACACUAAAAAAGAUGCUGAAAAGGCUCAAAUGGGAAAUAAAAUCGUUUUAAAAAUAAAUCGCAGCAAAGUUUUGGAAGUUGACAAAAGAAGCUUAGUGCAGAUCCGACGAAAACUUUACAAACUAAUUAUAAAGUAGUUGGGCCGCACGAAAAAUUGUCAGGCGCAUUCGAGUUUUCGCCAGCGAGACAUGACUGACUUUGUAAGAAAAUAGUGCGCUUGCUUUUCACGUAUAUAUUUAAAAAUGAUAAUCAGAUCUCUUUCUUUAAUUGAGAAGCAUUUAGAACUUGAAAUCUUGCUUAGAAAAAACGAUUUGGUAAGCCAUCAGCCCGAAAAAAAGCCAUUUUGAAAAAAAAUGUAGCAGGCUUUGCGUAUCUGGGAAGUGUAACCUCUACAGAAACGCUAAAUUUCGACCAACCAGAAGGCAGGAAAUGCAGGAGUCAGGCAUCAAAUUUCUACUAAUGAGGGAUGUAUACCUUACCCGAAAGUGGGAAAACAGUCCAGACCUGCAUGAUGGAGCUUCUAUGGUAACAGAAAUAUAUUCAGUGAAACUCUAUUAUUUUAAUUUAGAAUACAUGGAGAUCGUUCGUUCCACUGUGAUGUCUGUGGAGUUUGUUUGGAUGUCCAACUUCGUGGAAAUCACAAAUGUCGUGAAGGUUCUGCGCAUGAUGAAUGUUGUAUUUGUUUGGAGGUAAUGUUUCACAAAUUUAUUUGGAUAAAUAACGCAUAUAAUAUAUUAUUAAGUCUAAGAAUGACAGUUAUAUGAGAAUUAAUAGCUCAUAAAUCGAAGAUCCAAAAAGAGCAAGGUACGAAAGGGACUCUCGAAAAAGGACCCGUGCAAGGCACCGCCAAGGAUUUAGAUUUUAUGUACUUCAGUUAA